GUACCAGGUAUGAUAUUGGGCCAGCUGGACGAUUCAUUAUCACCAAACUUUCAACUUUUUUGAGCAUUGAACACCUUUGAAUUAUUCAAGGUUUCAACCUCACCACCACAGACACCGCCGUCAUUCCACCUACACAACCCACGCAAACCCACUUCACCUUUUCGUGGGAUGCAUAAUCAAAUUGCUCUCUUUAAACCACCUCUCUAGCGCUAAUACGGCAUUCCCCUUUAAACCCAUUUAUUCAAUCCUACUCUUUGCUUCGACAAAUACGAUAAAUAUCCCGCGAACUUGUGAACCUACGUCUAGUAACCGACAACUGUUUUAAAAGCUCCGUGAGCUUUUUUGUGUCUUCACCUAUCCUCUGCUAUACGAACGAAUAGACUUAAAUUUCCCAACGCGGUAGGGAGCCGCAACAAUUGCCCAGCAUGGCGACCUUCCUUGAAAAUGCAUACAGCUUAGUCCACCAGGACAAUACUGCUGAUGUGCCUUCUAUGUCGGAUCUGCGCAUGCAGCUGGAGAAGGGCACAGACGAAACCAAGGUCGAAACCAUGAAGCGCAUUCUAACCGUCAUGUUAAACGGCGAUCCCAUGCCGCAGCUUCUCAUGCACAUCAUCCGAUUCGUCAUGCCUUCGAGAUAUAAACCACUAAAGAAGCUGCUAUAUUUCUACUACGAGAUCUGCCCCAAACUCGAUGCGACUGGCAAGCUGAAGCAGGAGAUGAUCCUUGUCUGUAAUGGUAUUCGAAACGACCUUCAACACCCUAACGAGUAUAUUCGGGGAAAUACAUUGCGCUUCCUAUGCAAGCUACGAGAAGCCGAGCUGAUCGAACCCUUACUAUCCUCGGCCCGGGCCUGCCUUGAGCAUCGUCACGCAUACGUUCGAAAGAAUGCUGUAUUUGCCAUUGCCUCCAUCUUCCAACAUUCACAGUCUCUCAUCCCGGAUGCCGCCGACCUAAUCGCCACUUUCUUGGAAGGAGAGAGCGACGCCACUUGCAAGCGCAACGCAUUUGCUGCUCUCGCUAGCAUUGAUCAUGAAAAGGCCCUUGUCUACCUAAGCUCCGUCUUUGAGGGCAUCCCGAACGCCGAGGAAUUAUUACAGCUGGUCGAACUCGAGUUUAUCCGAAAGGAUGCCGUCCAGAAUACCCAGCACAAGGCCCGAUAUCUGAGACUUAUUUUUGACCUGCUCGAGGCUGGGGCCUCUACUGUCGUCUACGAAGCUGCUUCGUCACUAACCGCCCUCACUAGCAACCCAGUCGCAGUAAAAGCGGCGGCGGCCAAAUUCAUUGAGCUUAGUAUUAAGGAAGCCGAUAACAACGUAAAACUUAUUGUUCUUGACCGAGUUGACCAGUUGCGACAAAAGAAUGAGGGUAUACUUGACGAUUUGGUAAUGGAGAUUCUAAGGGCAUUAACCAGCCCUGACAUCGAUGUCCGGCGAAAGGCCCUCAGUAUCGCCUUGGAGAUGGUAUCUAGCAAGAAUGUCGAAGAGGUCAUCCUCCUCCUUAAGAAAGAGCUUUCCAAGACGGUCGACCAAGAAUACGAGAAGAACGCCGAGUAUCGCCAACUCCUCAUCCACUCCAUUCACCAAUGUGCUAUCAAGUUCUCGGAAGUUGCUGCAAGUGUAGUGGAUCUCCUUAUGGACUUUAUUGCCGACUUCAGUAAUAAUUCCGCAGUCGACGUCAUCACGUUUGUCAAGGAGGUCGUCGAGAAGUUCCCUAAGCUUAGGCCAUCUAUUGUUGCGCGACUAGUAGAGACUCUCAGUGAGGUUAGAGCAGGCAAGGUGUAUCGCGGAAUUAUCUGGAUUAUUGGAGAGUAUUCCCUCGAGGAGAGCGACAUCCGUGAUGCUUGGAAGAGGAUACGCGCUAGCUUGGGAGAGAUCCCGAUCCUUGCCUCCGAACAACGGUUAUUGGACCAUGUGGACGGCGACGACAAAGAAAAAGAGCAGACUAAUGGUCACUCUAAAUCGACAGCACCGUCAGGAUCCAGAAGAGUUCUUGCCGAUGGCACGUACGCUACUGAAACCGCAUUGACUAGCAGCUCGGCAGCUGCUGCGAAACUCGAGGCCGUCAAGGCUGCCCAGAAGCCGCCGUUGCGACAGCUUAUCCUCGAGGGCGACUACUACUUGGCUACCGUGCUUUCUGCCACUCUGACUAAGUUGGUUAUGCGCCAUUCUGAGAUCUCUCAAGAUAAGGCACGAACGAACGCGCUCAAAGCCGAGGCUAUGUUGAUUAUGAUUUCCAUCAUCCGUGUUGGCCAGUCGCAAUUUGUCAAGGCUCCCAUCGACGAGGAUUCGGUCGAUAGAAUAAUGUCCUGCAUCCGAUCUCUCGCUGAAUUCUCGGAUCGGAAGGAGUUAGAAACAGUGUAUCUUGAUGAUACGAGAAAAGCGUUCCGGGCUAUGGUGCAAGUGGAAGAGAAGAAGCGAGAAGCCAAGGUUGCGUUUGAGAAGGCCAAGACCGCUAUCCAAGUUGACGACGUGGUGCAAAUUCGACAGCUUUCCAAGAAGAACGUGGGAGACGGGACCGACGAGAUUGAGCUGGAUCUAGAGAAGGCCACUGGUGGGGAAUCUGUCGCAGAGGAUCUUUCGUCGAAGCUGAGCCGUGUUGUCCAGCUGACCGGAUUUUCCGACCCUGUAUACGCCGAAGCCUAUGUCAAGGUUCACCAAUUCGACAUCGUCCUAGACGUUCUCUUGGUCAACCAGACGACCGAGACGCUGCAAAACCUGUCGGUUGAAUUUGCUACCCUGGGUGACCUCAAGGUGGUUGAGCGACCUACUACGCAGAACCUUGGCCCCCACGAUUUCCACAAUGUGCAAUGCACGAUCAAGGUUUCGUCUACGGAUACGGGUGUGAUCUUUGGCAAUGUUGUGUACGACGGCGCCCACAGUACUGACACCAAUGUUGUGAUUCUAAAUGACCUUCAUGUGGACAUUAUGGACUACAUCCAGCCGGCCACUUGCACGGAAACGCAAUUCCGCACCAUGUGGACGGAAUUCGAGUGGGAGAACAAGGUCAACAUCAACAGCAAGGCCAAGAGCCUUCGCGAGUUCCUGGAGCAGCUGAUGGCCUGCACAAAUAUGAACUGCCUCACGCCAGAAGCUAGUAUGAAGGGUGACUGCCAAUUCUUAAGCGCCAACUUGUACGCCAGAAGUGUCUUUGGCGAGGAUGCUCUAGCCAACCUGAGCAUCGAGAAGGAAGGAGAAGAUGGGCCGAUCACAGGCUUCGUCCGCAUAAGAAGCAGGUCGCAAGGUUUGGCUCUCAGCCUAGGUUCUCUCAAAGGGUUGAACAAGAUUGGUACUGCGGCAGCUUAAUCUGGGGAGAAGAGGUGAUCUAUAAUUAGAUAAUGAUCGAUCCAGAGAUGGCCGCGGUAUCUACAUCCCUAGCAGGGGUGACGUAUCUCUUUUAUAAGUUGGCCGGAAGGGUGUGUGGGCUUACAGGAGACCAAGGGUGGUUUAAGAGGUGGUAGAAGAGGUGCGAUUCUGACGAGGAUGAGGAUGAGGAUGAGGAUACUAGGUAUACCAGGCGAAGAUUUUUGAGUCGAGGUAGCAUGGAUCCCAAAAAUGGUGCUGGAGUACCUUUGGUAUGUAGGUAUGAUUAAGCAAUGCGACUAUUUACGACGAAAGGAACUUGUUAUUUGACUAUGCCAAGCUACAAUUAACUCAUGGUAAUUA